GUUGUUUUGUGCACAAUGUGCAGAUUAUGUCAGUACAGAGUUAGAGGCGGUGAUUACACUGCACACACCAGCAUUGCACCCCAGAUGGGGAAUACCCUUCCUUACUUUGUUUGGAAGCUGUGUUGUUAAACUGCUCACACACACACACAUGCUGCAGAUCCUCAAACUCUGCAGCCUGCGCUCGGGCUUCAGGAGAAAAAGAAUUGGGGAUGCUGGAAAUCUGAACCAACAAACAGAAAUUGCUGGGGAAUGUGAAACGAAAGCAGAGAGAGAGAGAGAGAAAUACAGAAUCUCAGCAGGUCUGGCAGCAUCUGUGGAGAGAAAUCAGAGUUAACGAUUUCGACCGAGUGACCCUUCUUCAGAAACCCUGGUAAAUUAAGUGGUUCCACGGCCCACCGGGAACUCAGUACAUCUUCCAUCCUGGUGACAGCAGCAGAAAGGACAGUGUACAAUGAGUCCGAGUCAUGGUCCGAGAGGAGGAGGAGCUCGCUGAGAUUUCUGUUUGCAGAGUGGGAGAUGGAGAGCAAUGGUGAGGAGAAGGUGGAGCUGGAAGAUAUACUGAAGAAACUGCAGGACGAUGGACUGGACACUGAUGCCUGCUCUGCAACUGAGCAUCUCAGUCACCUGUGGCGCAUAUACCUGCGGGCUGAGGGCACGCUGCAAGCCACCAUGCAGGAUCUGGAAGGGGUGCGACAACAACAGGCUUCCGAGAUGAAAGAGGUAGAAAAUUAUGUGGAUCACAUCCGCAACCUGUCGGAGGAGCGGGAGGCACUGACAGCUGAAUACGAGCGGGAGAAUGAGCUACUAAAGAUGGAGUUACAGCGACUGAAGUUAGAACAAGAGACGCAGGUGAAGGAAGUGGAAGAGAUGUUGGAGCAAGAAGGUCUAGCAGAGAUUGCGCACAGUGGUCCAAGUGAGCAAGUAGCAUAUCUUCUUGUUGAACGUGCUACACUGCUAGAAAAGUUGGAAUCAGCAGACAGAAAUGUGGAUUCUCAGAGUGUCACAGGGAGCAUUCGUGAGACACACUUGCAGGACCAAAUGCGGCAAACCCUGGAAGAGGAAUUGAAACAGCAGCGGGAGACCAUGCAACGCACCAAAGAAACCAUGGCAAAGGAACCUUUAUCAGAACCUGCAAGUCCAUGGAAGAAGCUAUUUGGGGUUCGUCAGCAGACGCACAGCGUCUCCAAAGACAUAGCCACACAUGAAGAGGACCUGGAGAAAGAGAGGAAGCUUCGGGAACGAGCAGAGAGAGAUCUGGAUGAGGCAGCACGGCGAUUAGAGAUGGCACACGAGGAAAUCCGUCGACUAACGGAUGAAUUGGACAUGGAGAGAAAAGUUCAUAGCAGUAAUGACACAACUCUUCAGACUGCUUGUCAGGAGAUCAAAACGCUGAAGGAGGAGGUGUCUAAGUUGGUAGAGAGCGACUUCAUGGAACUAGAUAAAGCCAAAGAACAGAACAGCAAACUGGAUGAAGAAAUCCUGGCACUACGUGAGCGUGUACGAUCAUUGGACUCAGAACGGAAAUCCCUUUUAGAAGUAGUUGACAACCUUCAAAAAGCCCAGCCAGCACAGGCACAACAACCCAGUAGUCUGCAAAAUAAAAUGGAUCAGCUGAAACCAGAAAAUAAGGAGGAACCAGCCCAACAAGUGGGUUCCCAGUCACAACCAAUAAAAGAGAUUCCUGUGCCAGCUGUUCGUAAGAAGCACAAGAUACUUUCAUCUUCACGUUCACCUAGUAAGGAAUGCCCUGUAACAGAUGUGGAACAGGAGUCAUUACUCUUGGAUUCAGGCCAUGACAUGCACCAUCCAAAAUCGGAGGCACUCCACAAAAGGUGCCACCAUGAGAUUAAUCGGUUAGACUCUAAGAACCAUGAUCUGCAACGGAAGUUGCACAGACUGCAACAGGAUCUCGAAGAGCUGAUGAUGAGGAAUGAGACACUUGAGACUAAUUUGGGAGAACACCGUAAUCACCCUAGAGAUGGCCAGCAUAGCACUGACUGUGAGAAGGAAGUACUAAAAGCUAAGAUCACCAGUAUGGAAACUGAUUAUGCAAAACUUAAGAGGAAGUACAAGGAGCUUAAAGCAAAAAGUCAUGAAGUGAUCAGUGCUGUGAGUAAGGAGCAAGAUAUUCAGGAGCAGUUAAAAAGGAGUCAAAUGACAAUGGAGAGCGUACAGCAAAGGCUUGAAGAAGAAGUUAAAAACCGGGAGUAUCUUGAAGGAGCACUAUCUAAUGCCCAGCAGUCAAAAAUACGAGCAGAGGAGGAGCUGGAGGCUUUCAGAACUCAAGUCCACUAUCUGAGCAUGGAAAUAAAGAAUUAUCAUGCAGCAGCAGAACAGAAUCAAGCAUUAAAUGCUGCUCUUGAAAGGAUGCAAUUGGAGAAUAAUGCUCUAGAACAGAAGCUCAACAAGAUGCUGGAGGAUCACAGAGAGAUAUCCAAUUGUCAGGGAAUACAAAACAACUGUUGGAAAGAAAUGGCAGAUAAAUACCAAUGCCAGAUAGCCGAUUUGAAGAAAACCAUACAGAAACUCCAGGAGGAAAAAGUCAGUGCAUUCAACCAGAUGACCGAUCCUUCCAACAAAAAUCUAGAAUUUAUGCAGCAGCAACUCAACACAGUGCUAAAGGAAAACCAGCAGCUGAAUGAAGACAAUCUUAUUUUGCGGCAGCAAUUGUGCAGCGACCAGCAUGGCAGUCAGAAUAUGAACCAGGAGAUUUGUAAAUUACGGCAACAGCUUAAUGCCAGCCAGCAGGAGUCCAAACUACUCGCACAGGAAAAUUAUACCAUUCGGCAACAGCUGGGCUGCAGCCAGCAGGAGAACCAGCGCCUGAACCAAGAAGUGUCCAACAUACAGAAACAGCUGACUGACCUAGUUCAUUCUAAAGAACAAGUGGAAGACAACAUUACUCAGGUGCAGCUGCAAGCUCUGAAGCUGGAAAUUAGCCAGUUACAGAAUUCACUCGAAUUAGAACAGAAAAAUUCUUACCAGCAUAAACAAGCUCUAGAAUUGCAGUUGGAGGAAGCAAACAACAGGGCUAAGUCUCAGGAAAUGUUACUGCAGCAGCACACAGAGGAGUCCAGACAGAUGCGGCAGGAUUUACAAAGAGUACAUAAUCUGUGCAGCACUGCAGAGAAAGAACUGAAGUACAAGAGAGAACAACUAAUAGAACUGCAAAGGCAAAUUUCUCUGCUUGAUCAGGAAAAUAACAGGAUGAAUUUGGAGUACAAAACAGCACAGUGUAGGGUGUCUGAACUGGAUCAACACAACUUAGUAUUGAAAUCUGAAAAUGAAAUGAAGCAGCAGAGGCUGAAAGAACUGGAAAUGGAAUCUAACAAGACCUUCCACCUCAGCAAACAGUUAAAGAGUGUACAAGAUGAACUCGUAGCAGAAAAAAACAAAACUCAAAGUGCAGAAAAAAAGACUGCAGAGAUACAGCAGCAGUUGUGCAACAUUCAGCAUCAGCUACGACUCUCAGAGGCACGAAAUAAGGAGAGGGAGGUGUUGGAGACGGAACUAAAGGAAAGUAGGGACACAGCAGCCAAGCUCAAGAAUCAGCUACAAGAGGAACUCCUUCAGAGGAAACUUGCAGACCAGAACACAGAGGAGCUCCAGAAACAAAUCAAGUCAAUGUUAGAAAAGGAAGGGUGCUUAGCACGGGGCAAAUGUGACCUUGAGCAGCAAAUGCAGCAACAGGAAUCACGGAUGCAUGUUCUUGAAGAGGAAAAGGAGGCCUUGUAUUCUGAGAAUCUCAGUAAUCAAAAGGCUAAUAAGAAAUUGAUGGAUGAAAUUUGUACGCUCAAACAAGAGAUAGAGAAACUUAAGGAAGAGCUGCAGAACAUGUUACAACAAUUGGAUUCACAAGUCAGAUUGUAUAAUGAGAAACAGAUGAGACACAAACAGAAGCUGCGCAAAGCUAAAGAGAUCUUUAUCCGUGAAGUGAUGCUGCGAGAUGGUAAAAUAAAACACUUGGAAAGUGAAAUCAAAUUGAUGAAAAACCUAAUGGAUAAGGAACACGCCUGGAACAUGAAGGUUACAUAUGAAAACGAUCUGCUUCUUGUUGAGAAACGGGAGCUUCUACAACAGUUGAGUGAGCAAGAGGACGCUGUGCGGAACAACAAUUCAGUUGUCUGCAACGUAAAGCACAGGAUUAACUACUUGGAAGAGGAGAACAAACAGCUUCAAGAUGAGACUGUGAAGUUGAGUGACCGGCUUGGCUCUUUGGAGCGUUCUCUGAAAAUAAUUAAGACGGAUCCUUCAAAGUCACAGCAUCCUGAGAAUUUGUCCGUGUCCUUUCCCCAGGAUGUUUGCAGGCUUCCUUACAAUGACACCUCUUUAAAGAGUGGUACCUUCAUGUCUUCAACACGUGAAACACCGUCACCAAAUGAUCAUAGCAAUUUCGGUUCUUUGGAAAGCAUUCGGCGUACCAAAACACUGGAGAGUUCUGAUGGCACAAAAUCUACAUUUCCAACACUGUCACUUCAUUCAGAUGUGGGCUACUUAAACUUGACAAGCUCCCCACGGUACAGGGACCAGGAGGAAUUCUGCAGUCUAGCCAGUGAUGAGGUGUGAUCAGGCCAUGAAGAGACAGCAGUAGAUCGAAUACAAUUUUAAGUGGAUCCUGAUUAUACAUCCUAAGCAAAUUUGCCAACUGGAUCAGCCACGAGGUGUUUCUAUCUGGAGUUAAACUAAUGCUGGCAAUGGGGCCAGGUACAUAUUGACUCAACCUUCAGCAAGCUGUUGUCUUUGUCACAUUGCCUAACAAGAAUAUUAACACAUCUUUCUCUGGAUGAGUAGUGCUAGAUUGGUUAAAAUACCUGACUUAACGCUGGUCUGGCUAUUGCACUUACAAGCAUACAGGUACUGGUGUCAUACCAGUAUUACAAAGAUCAAGGGUGCAGGCUGGGUGUACAAAACCUCGAUUGUUCUAUGUUCUAAAGACUGCAGGGCUCUCCCAGUUUUAAAAUGAGCUUUGGCACUGCUAUCCAAUUUGUAUGAGAACAAAUAACUCACCUGUAUGAGUAAUUGGUUUGCCCACAGUGUAGUUUGAAUCUGUUACUUAUGCUGAAUGUUGUCAUGGAGCUUUGCAGUUGUACUUGUAAAAUAAUUAUAUUGCAGUAAAUUUGCACAGUUUGGGAAAACCAUAAGGAAACAGCAUUGGGACGCCAGAUUGUAAAGCAGUGUUUUGACUACUUUCUGAAUCUGAUGCCUUCUUAUACUGUAUUUGUUCCAAAUUACUUUCACUAGAUAUUCUGAACUGUAACAUAAGCAGAAUGCAGAUUAUUUCUGCCAGGCAUCUGCCUUGAUGCCUUGUCAGCAAAGGCCCCAGGUGCAAUGGACCAUCACCCAAGAUUCAGUCCCAAGGACUGCAUAAUCUCAGUAUUUCAAAGCUAGGAUUGCCUUCCACAUCAGCAGACAGGAGAAGGACAAAAAUGAACCAGUAUGCCUCUUCUGAUCCCAAUUGCAAAUGAGUCAGGCCAGAAGGAAGCCCCUCACAAUCAAAAUGUCUGUGACACUUACCAUGGAACUGUACCAGUGCUAAAUGGCUGUUUUGAGAGGUAUAAAAGUGUGUCCACACCCAAACUAGUCUGUACCUUCUUUAGAAGUGGGAGAACAGGAGUAAGCAAGGAGUCCUAUCAGAAGCAUUCUUCUUGCUGAUCUCUUGAGAAAGGCAGAUACUUUUUAACUAAAACCCAAAUUACAAACAUUUGAAAACAUGAAAAUAGAAAAGUAGUACCAGAAAUCCAAACAGCAAACAGUCGAUUACACAAUAGUGGUUUCCUCUGUGUUUACUCUGCCUCUGCUGCAUUGCAGUUAAAAUGCAAUUGCUGCUUCUGGGCUAGCUGGUGCAUCAACCUGUCAGUACAGGUGGGUAGCAACUGCAGGUUAACAACUCCUUUGGAGAAUAAGUUCUCAAUUUAGGCUUUGCCACAGAGUGAGGGCAGGAAAAGAGGGGCAAUGGAGUUUUGAUGUUUCCGCAGAAGGUCAUGAGGGAAUGUCUUGAGAGUCACCCCAGAUGACUCCCUGUUAGGUAUCCUAACUGUCAGGCCGAGGGAAGAGCGGAAAGGCCCAAAUACAGGUCACCUCCAAGGGAUUUGUGCUUGAGGGAAACCUUGAGAGUGAGGAAAAAUGUAAUUAAAAUAAAUGGUCCAAAACAAUGUGAGAUUGGAACUCUAUUGAUUUAGUAAAUGGGAGAAUAAACUGGGCAUUAAUGCAAUUCAACAGUUAAGAAUCCAGUUAUGUCAAGAAUCUCAGUGAGUAUCUGCCUUAUUACCUCAUGGGCAAGGCCACAGUCACUUAAAUAGAAAAAUUCAGUCCCAAAGAUCAACCUAGCUUUUCUUCCCAUUUUUGCUUCUUCCUCUAAACUGGAGAUAGUUUUUUUUAAUGAAUUAGAAUUAAAUAUUACGGUUUCAGGAGAAAUCUUUGCUCAGCUAGUAAACACUAUAAUGGGCAUACUUAAAUCUGAUGACAUUUAACAUAAUUACAAACUCUUAAGAAGUUUGAGAGAAUUAAUUCACAGAAUUAAGUUUGAAAGAUGCAAGAUUAAUAGAUUCAACUUCUUCAUCAUGGAGAUGAGUAUAUGAAGCAGACUGCUCAAGGAGAUUGUGGGGACAAAGUAUUGGAAUGAAUCAAAAGGGUAUUGAAUAAAUAUUUGGCAAAGAAAUAGACUCAGAGUGCAAAUAGAGUCAUAGAGUCAGAGAGAUGUACAGCAUGGAAACAGACCCUUUGGUCCAACCUGUCCAUGCCGACCAGAUAUCCCAACCCAAUCUAGUCCCACCUGCCAGCACCCGGCCCAUAUCCCUCCAAACUCUUCCAAUUCAUAUAACCAUCCAAAUGCCUCUUAUAUGUUGCAAUUGUAACAGUCUCCACCACAUCCUCUGGCAGCUCAUUCCAUACACAUACCACCCUCUGCGUGAAAAAGUUGCCCCUUAGGUCUCUUUUAUAUCUUCCCCUUCUCAUCCUAAACCCAUGCCCUCUAGUUCUGGAUUCCCCGACUCCAGGGAAAAGACUUUGUCUAUUUAUCCUAUCCAUGCCCCUCAUAAUUUUGUAAACUUCUAUAAGGCCACCCCUUAGCCUCCGACACUCCAGGGAAAACAGUCCCAGCCUAUUCAGCCUCUCCCUAUAGCUCAAGUCCUCCAACCCUGGCAACAUCCUUGUAAAUCUUUUCUGAACCCUCUCAAGUUUCACAACAUCUUUCCGAUAGGAAGGAGACCAGAAUUGUGCGCAAUAUUCCAACUGUGGCCUAACCAAUGUCCUGUACAGCUGCAACAUAACCUCCCAACUCCUGUACUCAAUAAAUGGUGCCUACUGUUUUACAAGCUUUGGAUAAACAAGGUGUGGAGUAUUAUAAGCUCUCAAGAACCUUGUAGAUUCCUAUUCCUAUUAAAAGCUGAUUAAACAGAGGGAGGGUGAAUAGAAGUACUAUUUUUUCCAAAUCCCUACUCAUUCCAUGUAUAAUUAAACCUGAUUGGAUGAACCUGGCUGGGGUCCAGUUUGAAAAGGUGAAAUUAUCUCAUGCUAGAGAAGCUUCAAUUCAAGUUACAGAAGUAGUAUCAAAGCAUAAAAUAAUUGACGGUCCAAGAUUGUCGGAACAAAACAAACAUUAGCAUGAUUCCCAUGUUACAAAAAGGUGCUGAAACAUAAUUUGUUCCCAAACUAUAUUCAAGUUUACAUAGUUCUUAAAGCUAACUUUUACAUGGAAGCAUGUUAGAUUAUGACCAGUUAUUUAGGUAAAAACAAGGGCUGCACAUGCUGGAAACCAGAGUCUAGAUUAGAGUGGUGCUGGAAAGCACAGCAGGUCAAGCAGCAUCCGAGGACCAGGAAAAUCGACGUUUCGGGCAAAAGCCCUUCAUCAGGAAUAGAGGCAGGGUGCCUGCAGAGU